GCCCGAGCCCGAGCCCGAGCGCCUCCGGGCGCGCCUGCCGCGGCCGAUGGCGGUCGAUAUUCAACCAGCAUGCCUUGGACUUUAUUGUGGGAAGACCCUGUUAUCUAAAAAUGGCUCAACUGAAAUAUAUGGAGAGUGUGGGGUGUGUCCAAGAGGACAGAGAACAAAUGCACAGAAAUAUUGUCAGCCUUGCACAGAGUAUCCAGAACUUUAUGAUUGGCUCUAUCUCGGAUUUAUGGCUAUGCUUCCUCUUGUUUUACAUUGGUUCUUCAUUGAAUGGUACUCGGGGAAAAAGAGUUCCAGUGCACUUUUCCAGCACAUCACAGCAUUAUUUGAAUGCAGUAUGGCAGCUAUUAUCACCUUACUUGUGAGUGAUCCAGUUGGUGUUCUCUAUAUCCAUUCAUGUCGCGUACUGAUGCUUUCUGAUUGGUACACAAUGCUUUACAACCCAAGUCCAGAUUACAUCACCACAGUGCACUGUACUCAUGAAGCUGUCUACCCACUGUACACCAUUGUAUUUAUCUACUAUGCAUUCUGCUUGGUAUUAAUGAUGCUGCUCCGACCUCUUCUGGUAAAGAAGAUUGCCUGUGGGUUAGGGAAGUCUGAUCGAUUUAAAAGUAUUUAUGCUGCACUUUACUUCUUCCCAAUUUUAACCAUACUUCAGGCAGUUGGUGGAGGCCUUUUAUAUUAUGCCUUCCCCUACAUUAUAUUAGUAUUGUCUUUGGUUACUCUGGCUGUGUACAUGUCGGCUUCUGAAAUAGAGAACUGCUAUGAUCUUCUGGUCAGAAAGAAAAGACUUAUUGUUCUCUUUAGCCACUGGCUACUCCAUGCCUAUGGAAUAAUCUCCAUUACCAGAGUGGAUAAACUCGAGCAAGAUUUACCACUUUUGGCUUUGGUACCCACACCAGCACUUUUUUACUUGUUCACUGCAAAAUUUACUGAACCUUCACGGAUACUCUCAGAAGGAGCCAAUGGACACUGAAUAUAAAAUGCCAAAAAAAAAAAAAGAAAACCCACCUCAGAAGUGUUCUAGUAAAUAGAGAAAUGAAGUAUAUUAGUAACCUGCUGUUAUACAUGGGAAUAAGAGUAUAUCUUAAUGUUUUGUUUUUUGACUUAAACAGACUAUGUUUUAACUGUCAAUAAAAAUAACAGAAAUUUCAGACAUUUCUCUAAGUCUGAAAUUACAUAGUAUAAUACACUAUAUACUUAGAAAGCAUUGUUAUACUAGAGGCCUGUUAGGAAGCACUUACCUCUGCAACAAUUUGUUUUCUUUAGGGAAAAUCAUGUUCUUGUGUACCUAGAGAUGUGUGGUUUCCAUUUCUAUUAAGAAAAACUCGAGCAUAUAAUCUGAAUUCCUUAGCAUUGGCAUAAUUGUGCAUGCCUUCAGUUAUAAUGUAUUAUAAGGACAAACAUUUGUGGGGUCUGAUAGCAAACAUGGAAGUAAAAUAUGUUGUUUUGUUACCUAUUUAUUUUCACCGACAACAGUAUUUUGAUCUAUUAGAAAAAUAGAGCAUAACUUAUUUAACAGGUUUUCUGUUCAUAGGUAGUUUGUUUGAAGACAUCUUCAAAUUAUUACUUUUCUGUAAAAAAAAAUAAAAAAUUUAAUCAAGAAAUUUCAAGUGUCUGAC